AAGUGUCAAGAUGAAAAAAAACUGGAAACUUAUUGGAACCUUAUUCGAAGUCACAAUGGAAAGGUUUGUAGUGACAGCACCACCUGCUCCAAACCAUUCUAAGAUUGCUUUGUAUGGGACUCCCCUGGAUCCAGCCACUGACUUUGAGUUUCGAAGUGAGCUGCACAAAGACAGAGGAAAACUCUGCUGCACUUCUUACAUCGUGGUUCUGAAUCAUGUUUGCAAGUCCACCAUUAGUGACCACCUUAAGUCAAAGACUCAUACCAAGAGGAAGGCAGAAUUUGAAGAGCAGAAGGUGAGGAAGAAGCAGAGGCUCCUAACUGCAUCCCUUCGGUGCAAAAUUACUGUGCACACAGAGAGUGUUCUCUGGCACUUUAUGAAAAUGUGCCUAGAAGCCAACAUCCCUCUUGAGAAGGCUGAUCACCCAGCAAUCUGUGCUUUCCUGUCUUGUCAUAAGAAGAAUGGAGGCUCCAUACCUAAGUCAGACCAGCUGAGGAGAGUAUAUCUGCCUGAUGGACAGAAGAACGAGAGCCAACUCGUCAAUUCACAAGGUUGUUGA